AUGGGACCUCAGAUGUCAUGUCACAGAGAGGAAGUCCGCAGGAAGCGUCAAGUGUUGGAGCGCAUCAUAGAUGUGUUGAAGCUCAUUGGUCAAAGUGGUUUGAGCUACAGGGGCACGCAGGCGGAGGCAUUAUAUACACAAGAUGAUGACACCAUUGAUCAUGGUAACUUUUUAGAGAUGAUUGUUUUGCUGGGAAAAUAUGAUGUGUGUCUCAAGGAACACCUCACUCUCUGUACAGAAAAGAGCAAGCAAAUACACCAGUCUGGUUUAAGACAAGGUAGAGGUUCCCUUGUCACUCUCCUAUCCAAAACAACCAUCAACUACAUCAUCACCACCAUCCAACGCCUAAUGAAGGCCACCAUCGCCACUGAAGUCCGGGAAUCUGGCAUGUAUUCUGUCCAGAUUGACACCACACAGGACAUCACAGCCCAAGAUCAGUGCUCUGUUGUCAUACGAUAUGUGACAGACAUUGUUCAUGAGCGACUUGUUGCUGUGAUUAAAUGUGAGGCAUCCACUGGGCAGUACUUUGCACAACUUGUUGUGAAUGAAGUACUGGAGACCAUGAAACUGGAUGUGAGGCAGUGUAUUGGAAAUUCCACCGAUGGGGCCUCCAAUAUGCAAGGCCAAUAUAAAGGCUUCUCUGCACUGCUCGCCAAAAUGUCCCCCACCCAUGUCCAUGUAUGGUGCUACGCACACGUCCUGAACCUCGUCCUGGCAGACACAACACAAUGUGUAUUGGCAAGUGGGUCACUUUUUUCCCUGUUGAACAACAUCGCUGUCUUCAUCAGAGAGUCCUACCAGAGGAUGAACAUCUGGGAGAAGGAGAGCAAAGACCCAAGACACAGACAUCACGCCCCGAUUGGAGAGAUACGCUGGUGGUCCAAAGACGUUACUGUGACUAAGAGACCAUCAACGCCACUGCACGGGUCAAUGCACGUGGAUACAUCACCCAGCUUCUGA